AUGAGAGCCUCAAGAACCCUCUUGACAUCUUCUCUCCUCUUAGCCCCUAUCGUUCGCUGUGUCACCCCCGACUCGACAGGUCGACAAGGUCAUGGACUUAUCGGAUAUGGUAUCAACAUGUACGAUCCUAUCUGCUGUUCGGCCUGUAAAGAUAUCACACCAACCUAUCUAUACUGGGAUCCUGAUCAAGUCAUGGAUGAAAUGGGAGGGAUGUCCAUGGUCGUCCUCAACUCUAGACAGAUGGAUGAUGAUAUGGAUAUGAAUAUGAGUAAUGAUACUUGGACGACCGAUGGGAAGGUAGCAACCGACAUGGCUACUCCUGAAUGUAUAGCUACCAACACCCCCUUUCUCCAAACCGCUGCAUAUUGUAUGAAAACCCAUUGCGAUUCUUCGGUGACUAUAGCGGCGAUCGAACAAUGGUGGUGGAUGAAUAUAGUCGGUACGAUGCCUGAUCAACCUGAUCCGUCAAUGACCUAUCAAGAAACACUGUCGAGCUUGUCAACCGACCCCAAUGCGACGUUGGCGGAAGAUGAGCCCUUGAGUAAGGGCGUACUGGUAGAUGAAGAUAGCUAUAUCGCCAUGAGUUAUUCGCUGGUCAAUUUCCAACUUGCUGAGACUCGACAUGCAAAGUAUAGCAUUAUAAUCAUUUCAACCUGCUUUAUCCUUCCUGUCUUCCUAUCGUUCCUACGACUCAUCCCGUUCCCCACCCUUCUGAUCAACUACGUCCACUCCCAAUUCAUUCAAGCUCCUCUCUAUGGUGGCACGAUCUCCCUCCCUCUCUUCGGUCAACUUUCGCUUCCUACUCGUGGUCAAGCCCUGUUCAUUGGCUGGUUAAUCUUCAUCAAUAUCCUCUGUUGCUCUAUCGGCUUCCGUUCCGCAUCAUCAAACGCAUGGUACGCGACUCGCUCUUUGGAAAUCGCCACGUACAUAUCCAAUCGUUCCGGAGUGAUAAGCUUCGCCAAUAUCCCUUUACUCAUCCUAUACGCCGGUCGUAAUAACAUCUUACUAUUCUUGACCAAUUGGUCGUAUUCCACAUUCAUCCUUUUACAUAAAACUGUUGGUAUACUAGCAACGAUCGAAGCAUGUUUACACUCUGCCAUCUACCUCCAGAUAAAACUCGCAGCAGGAUUAGCAACCUAUCAAGAAUCAUUACAAAGUCCCUAUUGGAUCAUCGGUAUCUUAGCUACAUUGUCAAUGUCUUUGAUACUUCCUCUAUCAGUACGUAAAUUCCGUUCAGCAUGCUACGAGCUGUUCGUGAUCGUCCAUAUAGGUUUGGCGAUCUUGACGAUUGUGGGAUGUUGGUAUCAUAUCAUAUGGCGAUUCGAUAAACAAUGGGGUUACGAACUUUGGAUGUACGUCGCCAUGGCUGUUUGGGGGUUUGAUAGGAUUAUUCGUUUGGUUCGAAUAACCAAAUCCGGAAUCAAGUAUGCCAGGGUAUAUAAGAUUGAUGAAGAUUACCUAAGGGUGGAUAUACCAAAUGUAGAAAGGUAUUCAGGAUAUGUUUUUCUGUAUUUCUUGAAUGUUAAUUGGAAAGGGAGUUAUUUACCUAGACCAUGGGAGAGUCAUCCAUUCUCCAUAGCUUGGUACGAUUCUCCAUCUCCCACCACUCCCGAUCCAUUGACCAAUUCCCCUCAACAAGAAAAUCCCAAAAUGUUUACCGAGGGUGAAGAAAGUCAAGCGGUGUUACCUUCACUCACCAGUCCGGGUGCGAAUAACGAUAAACCCACCAAGCAGGGGCAAUCUUCCAGAUCAAACUCAAAAGGUAUCACCAUCUUCGUCAGGAUGGAGAAAGGAAUCACCCAAUCUCUAUCUCAUCAUUCCCUGCCCCUCAGCUCGACUUCUGUUCCAACACCAAUCCCAAUUCUGAUCGAAGGUUCUUACGGAUCUUACCAUGGUCAUGGGAACUUCCUCAAUGAAUAUCUGGAUUACUCGGCGGAAUAUCGCAAUAUACUUUGUAUAGCUGGUGGGGUUGGUAUAACAGCCAUCUUACCUAAACUAUUCACUGUCUCUCGAUCACCUUGGAGAAGCACCGACGCAUCAAUCAAGUUGUAUUGGAGUGUACGAACAAGACCCUUGGUAGAUGCGGUUGAAGAUCUGCUGCCUAAGGGUGGGAAUGAAGAUAGAUGGGGAAACAUCCAAACUUCUGUUUCUGUAGGAAACAGAUUACACCUGGAAGAAAUCGUCGAUACCGAGCUUGGUAGUGCAGGGAAGGGAACUUUGGUAGUUGUAAGUGGACCUAGAGGGAUGGCAGAUACGGUAAGAAAGUUGGUAAUUGCAAAAGCGAGAGAAGGUGUUUUGGUAAAGUUCGUGCAGGAAUCUUUCGAUUGGUGA